AUGACAGAAUUUUCAUUUUUGGGUGAACUAACCCUUUAAGAAAAUGCUGGCGUUCACUCUGUAAACAGCUGACGAAAAGCAAAAAAUAAGUAAUAGUUAGAUAAACAUAACAUCUGAUGUUACAAAUUUGUUUUUAGGACUUGCCACCAUCUCGGAAGUGACGUCAAAUGAUGCAUCCCACUGAGGUCAGGGUUGAUCGAUCUGCCCUGAGUUCACAGGUUGGAUGUACGACUUGUUCCAGAUGUUUUUCCCAAGUAGGAGGCAAAACUUGACCCUUGCACACCAGUCUCCAUGGCAGCUUCACUCUCUGUUGACAUAUUUUUGUGAUGAUCUGUGACCUAUGAAAAUAGAUGAGCUUGUCUUUUGAAAGCUGAAUCCAGUAUCCGACACCUGAUUUGUAUGGGUGAACACUCCAGCUCUGGGGUGACUGUCAGACAGCGGAGCAAUAUCCACUAUUAUUCAAGGACACACUCCUCCCAGUCUGCAUGGGUCUUCUUUGGGUCAGAAGUCGCAGUCGGUUCAUCAAGGCUCUUGCAGAACCUCCCUGGCACCACUCAUCAGUGAUGUGAACAUAAGGAUUUAAAGGGCCAUUCCUUUCUUUUCCCUCUGCAUAUUCAGCAUAAGAUAUCAGAGACACCAAAUUAGUUGUGGACAGCCCUGGUCUCUUCACACAGCUAUCCAUUCUGAUGUCUGCGGUCACGGCCCCACGCCACUGACCUACACAACCAGCCGCAAACUCUGGUUCAUUGCUGUUUCAGAUGUGUUACCUGAAGACCCUCAGACGUCAUCAUUACGUCAUCAUCAGAACUCAUCCACCAUGGGUCACUUAACCUCUGCAUUACUGAGGGGCCUUUCUCUCAUGCUGAUGACCCAGUGUGUGUUUGCCAUGGUGCUGUUUAAUGCCACGGAUCUUGGCAUUCUCUUGGAUAAGUACCUGGAUGAUGACAGAGACUGGAUGGUGGAGAGACAGCGAGGCAAGAGGGCCAUCACUGCCAGUGACAUGCAGGCCAUCCUGGACCUUCACAACAAACUUCGGGGGCAGGUCUACCCACAGGCUUCAAAUAUGGAAUACAUGGUGUGGGACACUGAACUGGAGAGGAGUGCUGAGGAAUGGGCCGAGACCUGCCUGUGGGAACAUGGCCCAGCUGGCCUGCUGCCUCAGAUUGGUCAGAACCUAGGAGUGCACUGGGGAAGGUAUCGUCCACCUACUUCUCAUGUACAAUCCUGGUAUGAUGAGGUCAAAGACUACUCAUUCCCAUACCCCCAGGAAUGUAACCCUCACUGCCCUUUUAGGUGUAGUGGUCCAGUCUGUACCCACUACACUCAGCUUGUUUGGGCAACUAGUAGUCGAAUUGGCUGUGCGAUCAAUGUGUGCUACAACAUGAAUGUGUGGGGCCAGAUUUGGGCAAAAGCAGUUUAUCUUGUGUGCAACUACUCACCAAAGGGUAACUGGUGGGGAUAUGCGCCAUAUAAACAUGGCACCCCUUGCUCUGCCUGCCCACCUAGCUAUGGAGGAGUUUGCAGAGAAAACCUCUGUUAUAAAGGUGAUGGAACAAAUAGACAUAGCCCACGUGAGGAAACAGACGAAAGAAAUUCUAUAGAUCCUGAGGCCCCUCAUAGCCCUAGACCCCGUUUACCGGCCCCAAGUCCAACCAGACGCCCAAAUGCAGUUGUGAGCAAAGAGCAGAUGUCACAGAUUGUGACAUGUGACACAAAGCUAAGAGACCAGUGUAAAGGCACCACAUGUAAUAGGUACGAGUGUCCUGCUGGUUGUUUAGACAGCAUGGCGAAAGUGGUUGGAACAGUGUAUUAUGACAUGCAAUCCAGUAUUUGCCGUGCAGGCAUUCAUUACGGUGUCAUUGACAACGAUGGAGGCUGGAUGGAUGUCACAAGACAGGGCAGAAAGGACUUCUUCAUCAAAUCAUACAAAAAUGGACUUCAGUCCCUUGGGAAGUACCAGAGUGCCAAUGCCUUCACAGUAUCCAAAGUGACAAUAAAAGUUAUCACAUGUGAGACUACAGUUUCUGUGCUGUGCCCUUACCACAAGCCUGCAAGACACUGUCCUAGGAUUUACUGUCCUCACAACUGCCUGCAAGAAAAUCCCCACCUUUCUCGAGUCAUUGGCACCAACAUUUAUUCAGAUAAAUCUAGUAUAUGUAGGUCUGCAAUUCAUGCUGGCGUCUUAAGCAAUGGGUCAGGUGGUUAUGUUGACGUGAUGCCCACAGACAACAGGAAGCUGUACAUUUCCUCAUACCAGAAUGGCAUAGUCUCAGAAAGCCUGCAGAACCCCACGGGAGGCAAAGCAUUCAGAGUAUUCGCAGUUGUUUGAGCGUGUGCUGAAAUCGCGACCACUCAUCAACUCGUUCUGUUGAUUAGGCUGUAAUAGUGGCCAUUGAGAGGCCUUUUCUUCUCUAACCAGCCUAUGCUGUAUUUCCUUUCACACAAAUGUUUACUGAAGUAAGAAUUUGCUGUAUAGAUGGAGACCCUCUCAAAUGCAUCAAGCUGAUUAGCAAUUGUAUUGCCUAAAAAGCAUGUAAUUAGAGGAUUAUUCAGGGAAUAUGGUGUCUGUAUUGCAGAGAAAAAGCACUUAAGUUGAGUUUUAAUCUUCCAUUAUUUUCAUAAAGAACAUUUCAGAGACUGUUAUAGCAUAUCUUUGUAUAUAUUAUAGUAACAUGUUAAGGAAAUUGUCACUAUAAAUUUAUAUAUAUAUAUAUAUAUAUAUAUAUAUUGCUUUAUUUUAGGGCAAGAAAGGACUGCUGAUAUGGUUUUAAGGUUUUUGCAGAUUAUUGUGAUGAUAAUAAAGAAUGUGGAUAUAAUCCUGCAGGGCAGGAGUUUACGUCUAAACACAUCCAACAAAACAUUAUAUGAAACGUCCACAUUAUUAAACACUGUAAAUAGCUUGUUUUAGAUAGCUUGUCUUCAUAGUAUUAAUUGUUGUGAGGUGCUGUAUUCAUGUGUUGUGUAACUUUAUUAUCAUGUAAUGAUUUUUAUAGGUUACUAAAAACUAGCUUUUAUAUGAUGCCCAAAUGAAUUUUUUUGUUUGUAAUGUUUUUGAACAUUUGCAUUUCCUUAAAGGAAAUUUCUGUCAUUAAUUACUCACCCUCAUGUCGUUCUACACCCGUAAGACCUUCAUUCAUCUUCGGAACACAAAUUAAGAUAUUUUUGAUAAAAUCUGAUGGCUCAUUGAGGAAUCUUUUCUUUCGAAUCAGUGGUUCGGAGCGUGUAUCAAACUGCCAAAGUCACAUGAUUUCAGUAAACGAGGCUUCGUUACGUCAUAAGUGUUUCAAAAUUUCAAUGGUUCACCACUGGGGGACAUGACUUUGGCAGUUUGAUACACGCUCCGAACCACUGAUUCGAAACAAAAGCUUCGAAGCUUCAUGAAACAGUGUUUUGAAAUCGCCCAUCACUAGAUAUUGUUGAAUAAAGUCGUUAUUUUGUUUUUUUGGUGCACAAAAAGUAUUCUUGUCGCUUCAUAACAUUGAGGUUGAACCACUGUAGUCACAUGAACUGUUUUAAAUACGUCUUUAGUAGCUUUCUGGGCAUCUGAAAGUGUUAAUUAUCUUGCUGUCUUCACUGAGCCAUCGGAUUUUAUCAAAAAUAUUUUAAUUUGUGUUCUGAAGAUGAACGAAGGUCUUAUGGGUGUGGAACGACAUGAGGGUGAGUAAUUAAUAACAGAAUUUUCAUUUUUGGGUGAACUAACCCUUUAAAGUCAACAUGAAACGUAAGUUGCGAUAGACUUUUCUUUCCCAUUAUAACGUAUAUCUGAGUGAAACAGCUUCUCAAACAAGAAAAAAUGUAGGGCAAGACUUUGUCCUUUAGGAGUUAAUUGGAUCGUUGCGGUUUGUUAUUGCUGUAAUGUGAGUGACAGGUUGUGCCAUCCUCGUGCCAGUGAACACGAUGCCGCUGCAAGAGAAUUGCUGUCAAUUGACAAGUUUGAUUUCAUGGUGACUUUAAUGCAGUGGUUCUCAACUGGUGGGUCGCAACCCAAAAAUGAGUCGCAGGUUUGUUCUGAUGGGAAAACAACUAAGCAUAUAAUUGUGCAUAUUUAGGGAAGCCAAAUAAAUAUGCGUAUCAAAAAAACGCAAACACAUUUUUAUGCUUUUAGCACAGUCAAAAAAUUACAUACAGCACCUAAGUACAGCUCAUUUCUGCUUGAAUGGGGAAAGAGUGAAAUCUCCAAAACUGAUUUCUGAUGGUGAUUGGCACUUUCCAUUGUCCUCCCCCUACAAUGUCUGUUAUAAUGGCCUUGUAUAAUGUAUGCAUAUGGUUGUACAAAUUAUUUGUUUUCUACCUCACAUUGUUUAAGAAACAUUUUACAAUAAACGUAAUCAAUCUUUUUUAUGCCUUUUAAACUGAAAAUAUAGUGUUUUCAGCUCACAAUGUGAUUUUUUCUUCUUUAUUUUUUCUUUUUUGGAAACCCUGGACUGGCACAAUGCAUGGAAUAGAGAAAUGAUUGAGGCCAUCUGUCUGUAAUGAAAACCAGAUGGAAUAAUUUUCAGUGUUUACUGCUCUCUCACCCUCAAAGUAACAGCUGAAACAAUUCCCUUAUGGAU